AUGUUGUCAGCUCGCGGCUUCUCCGCCGCGAUAGCGAUCUUGCUGGCCCUUGUCGCCCUGCUUGUCGCGAAUCGGUCAGGGGGCCAAGGGGAAGAAAUUUACACUCCGCCAGUGCAGGGCGCAAACAACACCGUUUUGUUCAUCGUCUUGCCGCAUCAUGGGUUCUCAAAUGUCCACUUGGCCACCUCCCAGGCCCUGCUUGAGCGCCAUCCUGGCAUCAAACAGCAUUAUGCGUCCUUUCCCCUCCUCGAGAAGAAGGUCCAGCGCCUAUCCCAACUGGCGAUAGCUAAGCGGCAGGGCGCACAGGCCAUAGACUUUCACGCACUCACGUCUGGCCGGGACUAUAUUGAUAUCCUCGCCGAGAGAUUGAGCGACAACAGCAGCGAGGCCCAUAGCAGCCCUCCCGGGUUGCAGGGCAUCGAUGAACUCUGUGGCAGGAUGGAGCUGUACCUCUCGCCAUGGCCCGCCGAGGAAUACAUGGACUUGUAUCGCGAGAUGACGGCGCUGAUCCACAGGAUUGACCCCGCCGUUGUCGUUCUCGACCACCAGUUCGUGAUUGCCAUGGACGCUGCCCGGCAGAACAACAGGCUGCAUGCAGUCAUCUCUCCCAACGAGCCGCUGGACAUGUUUACAGGUGUUCAGCCUCGCGGCGGCUUCUUUUGGAAAUACCCAGUUGUCGGCUCAGGAAUAUCCUUUCCAGUGCCUUGGUCUCAGGUCCCAACUAACAUGUACCUCGCAUUCCGACUCGUUUCCAAGGCAUUGAAUAUGAAAGGCCUGAAGGAGAAGAGGAAGUAUUUCGAACAACACGGCCUGACCGAUUCGUUUGAUAUCCUCAAGCUGUAUCGGAAAGACACACCCAUCAUCUUUCCGUCGAUGCAAGGAGCCAAUGUGCCUCUAGACUUUAUCCCCCAAAACGUCUCAGAAGUAGGCCCGAUCGUCUUAUCGGUGGCCACAGCUGCAGAGCAAGACAGCCAGCUCUACGCAUGGCUCGAGCAAGCGCCAACAGUUUUGAUCAAUCUCGGGAGCACCGUGGAAUACACCAAGCCCAAGGCAAUCGCCAUGGCCGAUGCUAUCAAGCAGAUUCUGGAUCAGAGCAGCGUGCAGGUAUUGUGGAAGCUCAACAAGGGCGACGGUGGCGGCGUAGCACAUGUCGUUCUCCCUCUGUGGGCAGACUUGUACAAUUUUGCAGCCAUGGUCGAGCCGCUUGGCAUCGGGCGUUGGGCAUGCUCCGAAAUCCCGCUCUCUUGGACUGGGGAGUGCAUCAGUGAUGCUGUGCUUCAAGUUAUUGCCGAUGAUGAUAAGGGCAAAGCAAUCCGGGAGAAGGCGCGACUUUUGGGGGUCGAUGCCCGGAAGAUGCCAGGCCGGUAUGGUGCAGCAAGCAUCGUCGCGAAACUGGCAGGUUCAGGCAAGGCAUAG